GAACGGAAGGCAGAGCUGUUCAGUCUGUUUCCUCAGCGUUCGCCUAGGCUCUCAGCACAGGAAGCCUAGUGCUCUCAAAAGUCAGAAGGAGGAACCUCUCCAGCUUUGAGGAGCCAGGCAGUCAGGAGAAGUGUGGGGAAGGGGGGGAAGAGAAAACACUCGUCGUGGCUGCUGAGGAUGCACUGGCAGGCAAGAAAUAUGCCCCAUGACCACAACUAGGUUGGCAGUGGGACGGAUGGAGUGACGGAGCCGACUGAACCAUGAAAAAAGGAGCUGACAUGAAGAUUGCUGGAAAGGCUGCGUGUAUUUUCGUGCUGCUCACCAUUACCAAGCUCACAAGAAUAACGGGAAACAGGAUGGCAGCACAAGUGGGUCACAACGCUGUGAUGACCUGCCCUACCAAAACAGAUGCAACCAUGGUGACGUGGAAAAUAAGCCCCAAGAUGGGAGGCCCCUGUAACUUGGGAUACAGGGCUGAUCAGAACAAGACAGACAAAACAAACUGCAGUGACAGGGUGAACUGUAAAUUCCAACCAGAACAGUCCUACGCCCUCGAGAUACGGCAAGUGGGAAUGGCUGAUGAAGGAAAUUACAGCUGCGAAGUGGUAAAUCAGGAAGGGAAUUUCCACCAGACAUACCAGCUGACUGUGCUAGUCCCCCCAAGGCUGUCCCUGUACUGUGACAACCACAGGAAUGCCGUCUGUGAGGCAGCAGCGGGGAGGCCAGCUGCAGAGAUCUCGUGGGUUCCAGAGAACAACUCCAUGACCAGAACAGACAGCCACGAUAACGGGACAGUGACCGUGCUCAGCAGGUUCACAGCACACAGCACCAACAGGAAGACUGUAACCUGCAUUGUGUACCACGCAACUCUGAAUGAGACCAAGUCCAUAGCCUGCUCCUCACCACAGAGCAACCUUAUCCUGUAUAUAUCCAUCGCUCUUGGAUUCCUGAUCAUUAUCACCUUCAUGGCUGUCAUUUACUAUUUUAAGCUCCAUGGUUGCAGACUCUGCCACAAAACCGAACCUCCCGAUACUUCUCUUACACAUUCCUUGCAGGAUGACACAACAGAGGUGGAACCUUAUACUACUUACGUGCAGAAGGAAAACACAAUUUACAACUCAGUGUCAGAUCUGACAGUGGGGCAGAAUCUUCCAUAAGGACUGUUAACAGCAAAAUGAGUGAUUCAACAACACUGGAAAAGGGGAGAGACACUUUACAAAAGACUUGUCAUAGAAAGAAACUUCUCAGCGGAUUUCUUCAGAUUCAGGGGCAACAUAGCUCACUAGGUCUCUUCAAAGACCUAUGCUUAUUGGUGAGUUUGCACAGUUCUUUCUUCCCAUUUUGCCUUUUUCCUUGGGAAAGCAAACAGGUUUCCUGUUUUUCCUUGGGGAAGUUUGACUGACAUCAAGCUAUAGUUUUUCCCAGAAAAAAUAAUAAUAAUAAUAAUAAUAAUAAAAAUGUCAUCAGUCUUCCCUUUGCUAUUCUUCAAUUGGAGAUAUUAGUUUUGUCAGUCACUUGUAGGCAUUAUUUUGACACAUUUGACACUAUCUUGCACACACUUGGGAGAUGGGAAGAGUGUUUAAGCUAAAAUGAAACACUCUCCAGGCAACAGACACUUUUUUCUAAUUUACAAAUGACUCAUAUAAGGGCUUUGAGUAUGGAUAAUCACAGAAAAGUUUAACUGGCAAAAGGUAUCAGUAUGGAAGACCUUUCAUCUCCCAGUUCAGAAAAUUGAAAUGAGCGAUGAAUUUACAAGUUCAUCCACUAAAAAAGAGACAUCACUAGCAUGUUGAAUUCACUUGUUAGGUUUCUAUUCAGUAUUUCCACUAAACGUGUUCAUUAGGUAGGUCAGAUUAUUGUUAUGAUUACUUUUCCCUGAAGGCGGACUAUUCCUCUUUCUUAAGAGCAUUGGCAUUAAGAUACGGUAAAAGAAUCAUGUUACUCAAAUCUGGUAAGCUAUUUUUAACAGAAACUAACAGCAAGUAUUUCACAAUGAAACAAGUUCAAAUGUAUCACCUACAACUGUGCAAUAAUGUAGAAAAAGGAUAACAUGCCUGCUAACUGUUUUCAUAUUUAUUUUUACUACCACAACUGAAGAUAUUUUCAUUCAUAUGUCUAGAUCUUUUAUUGGUAUUUUUAAAUGUACUUGCAAGCACACUUUGUUGUAUGUAAAUAAGCUUGUAUAUCUUAAUGUGUCUCAUAUUAAGGUGACUUCUCACCUUCCCAAAAUAUUCUUUGGGAAUAAGUCAAAUAAAUUGUUCUCUAUAUACCAGUGUUUCUCAAACUUUUUGGAUUGAUGCCUUACUACCUAAAUUAUGAACUGGCUUUACAGUAAUAAUAAAGAAAUCCACCUGUAAA